AUGAAAGAAAACAUUGAACAACAUGAACUCGAAAUCAUCAAGGCUGUGGCACAGGCAUGGCUCGGCCACACCACCACCACCUCACCACCCUCCUCCACCAAUGAAUUCGAUACCCGUCGCCUGAGUUUCAAGAUCAAACCCACCCGCUUUAAGCUUGAAAAACCAUCAUCAUGGAACAACAGUAACAAUGCCAGUAACAGUAUCUCAACAAGUUGGGAUUUCACACAAUCACUAUGGGAUUCUUACGAGAUUGUGGCGGUUUCAAGGCGGCUCGAGAGCGGGCUAUUAUUGGAAAACGAGUUUGAUGAAUCAAGUAAAGGUCAAACUCAAGGUCAAUCUAGUAAGAGAAAGAAAGAGAGCAAGAAUAGCCUCAGAAAUAUACUCAAUCGAACAUCGUCUAGGAGGUUUGAUGAAUAG